AGUAUGUAAUAAUGAAUAAAUUAGUGAAACGCAGACAGUGUUAUGAUGCGUGAUAACCGCGGCUGUCUGUCUGCGCGAUACUCCGCCUUCCACGCGUCCACGGCUCACGGAGCCCGUUUCCAAUCGCUGCCCCUCCCGUGGUUUUCUUCCGAGAACGCGCACGUCACGUGCGCCGGGCGCGCCAAUCGGCGCGUAACACUUUACAGCUCCCGGGUGUUGUAGGCGUCCGGGAGCGAUGGCGGCGCUGCUCUGCUCACUGUUUUGAGUCGCGCCGCAGGAACUUUUCGGGGACCAUCGUGGCAGAUCCGGUGUCCUUUUUUCCCCCCUCCGGAGAGUGACGGCGCUCGGCGGCUGCAGUGUGCACGAUCGGGGUGAAUGUGCUUUAAGAGGAGAAUAUGAGAUGUAGAGAACUGAUUAAAGCGAAACCUGGAGCUUAAAGUUUUUUAAGUGUCACUACAACCAAUGGGCUUGUAAGGGACGGAGAGGGGUGAGGGGUUGGACAGUGAUCAAACUUUUAUGUAGUAUUGCUUUUAAAACUUUUUAUAGGCUGUCUGGUAAGUGAUUGGCAAAAAAAAAGUUUUAUGCAAACUUUACUUGCCUGGAACCAUUAGAAGCACAGACUUUGAUACAGGUUCGCACCUGCAGUUUCACUGCUGUAUAAAAGAAUGUACGCCGAUCAUGCGUCUUUUUAGGUGCGCGAAGUUUGAUAGUGAUACUCCGUCCGAUCGCGCUUUUCUCAACGUUUUUCUGCAUCAUAGUUUAAGUCUUCCAGUGCUACUUUGUAAAUGUUACUACUCGGGCUGUUCCAGUGAAAACUGGCUGUAUCAGAUGGACGACGUGGUUACUAAGUAGCCCCCGGUCCAGGACUUUGGAAUGCCUUGAAACGGUAUCAGCCAAAGCGGCGUGACUGGAUUGUAACCGCUCUCAGUAUUAUUUAAUUAAUACUAUGUGUAAGAUUUUUUUUGCUAUUAGCCGAAUGCUUGUCUUGUUUUAAACCUUCGUUUUUCGGCGUGAUCGAAACGGCCUGUUCGUUUUCUCUCUUUUUUUGCUGUAACUUUUGAACCCUGAAAUCGGCACCUUAUGGUGCGGCGGCACGCAUCGCGACAUGGAUGUUUCCCGGGCCGGUUUCCCAAACGGUGAAGAGCGGCCGAGCAACGGCGGCGAUCACGGCCGGAGCGAGUCCCCCCGCAGCGCGCCUUGGCCUCACUCGGCUCCCUUGUGCCCCCGCUCGUUGUGGACCGCCGUGUUCGACUACGAAGCCAGCGGGGAGGACGAGCUCAGCCUGCGCCGGGGGGACGUGGUGGAGGUGCUGUCUAAGGAUGUGGCCAUAUCGGGGGACGAGGGAUGGUGGACUGGUAAAAUUAAUCGUCGGGUCGGCAUAUUCCCUUCCAACUACGUAACCUACCAGCCCGCCGUGUAUCACAGACGUCCUGCCAACGGCGCUGAAGGGAUGCGGGAAAGUGUCCCCAGCUCCCCAGUGCAAAUCCUGUUCAGUGAGCUCGUGCUGGAGGAGAUCAUUGGCGUAGGGGGGUUUGGUAAAGUCUACCGGGGGACCUGGAAGGGUCAGGAGGUGGCGGUGAAGGCAGCCCGACAAGACCCGGACAAGGACAUCACUGCCACGGCGGACAGCGUCAAGCAGGAGGCGAAGCUGUUCUCUAUGCUGCUACACCCGAACAUCAUAAAGCUGGAAGGCGUCUGCUUGGAGGAGCCCAAUCUCUGCCUGGUCAUGCAGUACGCCAGGGGGGGCACCCUGAACCGGGCGCUCACCGGGAGGAGGGUGCCCCCGCACGUCCUCGUCAGCUGGGCAGUGCAGAUCGCCACUGGCAUGCAGUACCUGCAUGAGGAAGCUGUCGUCCCAAUCAUCCACCGCGACCUCAAGUCCAGUAACAUUUUGCUCCUGGAGAACAUCGAGAAUGACGACAUCGGGAAGAAGACGCUGAAGAUCACGGACUUCGGCCUCGCGCGGGAGUGGCACAAGACGACCAAGAUGAGCGCUGCCGGCACCUACUCCUGGAUGGCGCCCGAGGUCAUCAAGUCCUCGCUGUUCUCCAAGGGGAGCGACGUGUGGAGCUAUGGUGUGCUGCUAUGGGAGCUGCUGACAGGCGAGGUACCGUACCGCGGUAUCGACGGCCUGGCUGUGGCCUACGGCGUUGCCGUUAACAAGCUGACCUUGCCAAUCCCCUCCACCUGCCCCGAGCCCUUUGCCAAGCUCAUGGAAGAAUGCUGGGAACAAGACCCUCACGUCCGACCCUCGUUCGCUGCCAUCUUGGAGCAGCUGACGGCCAUCGAGGAGGCCGUCAUGGCAACCAUGCCGCAGGACUCAUUCCACUCCAUGCAGGAGGACUGGAGGGUGGAGAUCCAGGAGAUGUUCGAUGAGCUGCGGACCAAGGAGAAGGUCGGGGGGGUGGGGGGGUUGCCUGACCAAUAUCGAUGCUACAGACGUGUAUCCUCAGCUGCCCUUUACUUUUCGUAACGGUUUUGAUGCAGUUACUCACUAAACUGCUUUGAGAUUUCUUUCACUCUUGGUUGCGAAACAUGUGCUGGUACGAAAGUGAGGGAUUCAGUUGGAGCUAAUCCUGCAAACAAGGCAGAUUGUUGGCUACCUCCCCUUCCAGUUGGAAUCGGCACUUCUCGUUAAAUCCGGGGAUCAGCCCAACUUCCGAUAACGCGUGUGAAAGGCCACCGGGCUUCAGCAGCCACGCAAAAUGACCUCAACUCAAAAACUCCUCCUUUUUUUUAUUUUAAUUGGUUACUUUUAGAGGCAAGCUAAUUGUGGGCUUAACAAAGCUGGCUAUUAGCAAUGAAAUGGGUCCCCCCCCCCCCCCACAGUUAAAACCAUAAGCCCCUUCUUCAUUGAGACACCUCCUUAAACGGGAUUUGUAAUCACUUUAUUGGGAAACGCACUUUCCUGCACGCCGGCAGUGUGGUUGCAGCUUACGCUCCGCAAACAGCACGACGCGCUAAAGCUGCUUUAUCUUUUCUGUUCUUGUUAUUUCCCCCCCAUCCCGUGGCUCCCAGAAGUGCCCGGUUUGAGGUGGGACGCCAUGGAGGGGGUUGUCGCAGUGGCACCGCAGCCGGACACGACGGAAACACGCUACAGCUUGCUUGGCUGUUGUAGGAGCCCCCCUCCCACGAGUGGCUGGGUGCGGAGGGGGUGGUGCAGCCGCCGUUCUCAGGUGUGGCGUUGAUUACUGGGUUGUCUGUCUAAUUAUGGGAGACUCUUCCCAAGUCGGCGGCGGGGAUUAAGCGCCUUGCAUAUGAAUGUGUCUGUAAACACCUCCGCUGGAGAAUGUCUGUCAAAACAGUAAUUUUGUGCCAGUUUUGACUCCUCCCACGCCUGGGCCACCCGCUCUAUGAAUGUUUUGCACGCAAGUGCAUCGUUGUGCGUGGAGACGCCUUGGAGGCUCAGAGGCACUGAGCACAGAGAAGGCAGCGAAGAAGACUGCCCCCCCCCCCCCCCCAUAAAGCCGCUCAGAACCAGACGGAGAAAGGAAAUGAAAUUAAACGUAUAAGGAACGUGGUGUUAAAUAUAUCAUGCAGCACAGUUAACACAUAUUUACACAUGGAAUUUCACACACUUUUAUUUUUUUUUUUUUACACUAGACUGUCGUACAGUCAGGAGCAGCAUAGGGUGGAACGGAAGCUGAUUAAAUAAAAUGUGGAUGCAAGUAAACAGGGCCGAUGCUGGGAAGAGGUACAGGUCACGUUUAAUAUUUAUUUCUGCAGCAGACGCUUCUGUUCAAAGUGGCGUACGAGUGAGACAGACGGCAUGUGACACAGAAAUGGGCCAGAGGCUGUGCUCGGCUGUGCUGACCUCAAGGUCACUGUGCAGAGCCAGAUCACAGGUUACCUGGGUUCAGGAGGUCCUGCGCUGUUUCUCUACUCAAAUAUCUGACUAAAUGGAUUAAAGCUUUUGGGUGAAGCUGAGGACACCGUGACCUCUUGAGAGCGCCCCCCCCCACCCCUGUGACAAAGGUCACACGCCCCCCCUCCCCCCGGCCACACAAAGGGGUUCCCGGCUUUUGUCCUGUGUCUCGUUACGCGGCGAGCACUCAGCUGUGCGCAGCAAGAGGAUGACUGGCAGUAAAAUCACUUGCGUCACCUGUUUUAAUGUUUUUUGUUCUCGCAGGCAUUUGAAGCAGCUUGGGGAACAUUGUUAUUCCCCAAAGAAAUCUAUAAUCUUCAUUGUUUCCAUAAUUUCCACAACCAUUAAAACAUUUCACCAUUAUGUCAGUUACUAGACUCCACCCUCAAACAGCCCCUUGUAACCUUCCAAGUUUAACUUCCUCAGCACCCCAUAGCGUCUUUACAGUAACUUGUGACCUGUAACCUCGCUGACAUGUGACCACACACUCAUCCCCGUGUAACCGCCACACUGAUGUAACCACAGACUCCACCCCCUGUGACCUCGCUGACAUGUGACCACACACUCCGCCCCGUGUAACCGCCUCACUGAUGUAACCACAGACUCCACCCCCUGUGACCUCGCUGACAUGUGACCACACACUCCGCCCCGUGUAACCGCCUCACUGAUGUAACCAGACUCCACCCCCUGUGACCUCGCUGACAUGUGACCACACACUCCGCCCCGUGUAACCGCCUCACUGAUGUAACCAGACUCCACCCCCUGUGACCUCGCUGACAUGUGACCACACACUCCGCCCCGUGUAA